AUGUCUGUCGCACGCACCGCCUUUGCUCUUGCGAGGCGGGCUCCUCUGCGGGCUCCCAUCCGCCGAACCUUCGCUACCUCCUUCGUCCGAAAAUCGGACAAGUGGGAUCCUAAGCCUGGCGACCCCGAGGCCAAGCUACUUCCUUUCGAAGAAAUCAAGAGCGAGGCGGAUCUGCUACCUCCUGGUGCAAAGCCCGGCACUAUUCCCACCGAUCUCGAGCAAGCGACUGGUCUUGAGCGUCUCGAAAUUCUUGGAAAGAUGCAGGGCAUUGACAUUUUCGACAUGAGGCCGCUACCCUCCGACCGCACUGGAACCUUCGAGGAUCCAAUUGUGGUUGACUCCGCCGGCGAGGAGCUCCAAUGUGGCUGCACUGGCUCACCCGCCGACUCUCACCUGGUUCGCUGGGUUGUGGUGUCUCGUGACCGCCCCUACCAGCGUUGCGACGAGUGCGGAAGCGUAUACAAGAUGAGAUAUGUUGGGCCGCCCGACGACCCACACGACCAUCAUCACCACCAUGGCGUCUCGGAGCCCAAGACGAUGGCCGAUUAUGUCAAGGAGGAUUACUGGUAUAGAUGA